AUGGAUCAUGUAACAAAUGUACCACUUGUUAUGAUGGGUAUUACCUUGAUAACUUCAGAUGUUACAGAUUGCCAAAUUGUGAAAAAAAACGACGAUAAAAAUUGUUAUACUUGUAUUAGUGGGUAUUAUCCCGAUAACGAAGGAAAGUGUCAAAAAGGUACGAUCCGUCAUUGUUCAAAUUAUAUAAAUAAAAAUUUGUGCGUUAGAUGUUUGGAAGGAAUGAAAGUUGUUGGAACACAAUGUGUAAAGAUCAAUGGAUGCCUCAUUUCUUAUGCAAAAACAUGUGAAAAGUGUGAACCAGGAAUGUCUUUAAAUAACUCUGAAUGUCAACCAUGUGCCUCAGACAAGUGUAUUGAAUGUAAAAAUCCAUCUAUUUGCUCAAAAUGUUUAAAGGGAUAUACCAUCACUACUAAUGGAGGAUGCAAGAAGUGUGAAGAAAUACAAAACUGUAUAAGUUGUGCAAACGACAAGGAAGAAUGGUGCACUUCCUGUUCAGAUAAUUAUAGGCUUGUUGAUAAUCAGUGUCAUCAAAAAAUAGAGGGGUGCUAUCGUUACAACGAUAAUCCAAAAGCGUGUGAUAUAUGUUCAAAUGGAUACACAUUAAAUAAUGGAACAUGUAUAAAAUGCACAAGUGGGUGUUAUUCAUGUGAUUCUAAUGGUCAAAACUGUUUAUCGUGUUUUUAUGGAUACACCUUAAAUGGGACAACUUGUAUAAAAUGCACAGAUCAUUGUGGUGAAUGUUUGAACGAUUUGUCGAAGUGCUUUUAUUGUUCAAUGGGUUACUAUUUAAGUAAUAAUUCUUGUGUUGAUUGUGAAGAAACAGGCUGUCCAAAUCUUGAUACAGACACAUGUAACAAGUGUUCCUCGAUAUGUUUUCUCGGAGUAAACUCAAUUCUUUGCAAACAUGAAGCUUGUACUGUUUAUAAUGAAAGCCUUAACAUCUGCACUGAAUGUCAAAACAAUUAUUUCCUCGAUGAAGAUUAUUCGUGUAAAAAAUGCGACUAUUCUUGUAAUUAUUAUGGUGGGUGUGUUGGUGAUAAAUAUACGUGUUUACGGUCUAAAAACAAAAUUAAUAAUUGUAUUCUUGGAACUGUUGAUGGUAAAUGCAAAGUUUGUGAAUAUCGAUACACCCUUUCUGAAGACAAAACAAGUUGUGAUAAGAUUGGAUAUUGCCGAUUUCGUGAUGAUGAUGGAAAUUGUAUGGAGUGUUACAUUAAGUUAUAUGACACUUUAGACUAUUAUUAUACACCAAACAAAAAAGGAGAAUGUUAUAUUGGUAUGGAUUAUAUUAUUGAUUAUUCUGAUAAUGAAGAAACGUCUAUCGAUAAGUCAGAUUAUUCUAAUAAUGAAGAAACUUCUUUUGAUAAGUCAAAUUAUUCAAAUAAUCCCAAUGAAACAAUAAACGUUUACAUCGCUUUUCUUAUUUUGGUUAUUUUGGUCUUAAUUUAG